AUGGUUCGAGAAGUUGCCUGUGGGAACGACAACACAUAUGCCGAAUUGGAGAUGUUAUUUUCAGCAAGAUUUAUGGCUUAUAAAGAAGAGAAAAAGACGAGCAUGCAUUUGGGUCGAAUACAGCAAGGAAAAGAUGAAUCUUUGCGAAGCUAUGUUCGACGUUUCAAUUUGGAAUCAGGACAGAUUCCAGACCUGCCUGACGGGGUGGCGUUUGAUAAUUUCUUUAGGGGACUUAAGAAGGGGUCCUUUAAGUUCGAUUUGGUGAAGAAAAGUGUGAGAACUAUGGUCGACGCUCUGGAUGAGGCCGAGUCCUUUAUCCAUGCCACUGAAAUCUGCUCCGUCCCCAAAGAGUCUAAGGGAACGGAGGCCACAGAUCAUCCUCAGCGCAAGGAUAAGUCAGACAAAAAGACCAGCCGUCCGAAUGGGACAUGGGCCAUUGAAAAGAAAGGAUAUCAGACAGACCGCUCCCAAGGGCAGAAGAGAGGACGGUCCUAUGACAAAUAA